AGCGGGCUGCAACUCUUUAAAGGUAAACUCUCUUAUCUGCCACACUUCACUCCCAUUUAUUUUGAAGUGCAUUAAAAACCACUUCAUACGCACAAACAGAGAAUUAUAUAUUUGCUAUGACAUUUGUGAAUGCUUAAAUGAACAGCUUCCGUGAUUAAUGCUUUCUUAAAAUCAAGGACUGGGAUAUUGUCAGUUUUGAGUUUUGUUGGUCAGACAUAUGCACCGUUAAAGCUUAAUAUUGUCCAGUCUAGAGGUAUAUCCCAUUUAAAGACAGAAGACAUUUUUAAUCUUUAAUGUAGAGGGCAGAGGAAACGAUAGACUUUGGAGUCUAUUUGGACUUUGUUCAGUCUCUGCUUAACUUAUAACUUACUUACUUACUUAAUAUUUUGUUAAUCUUAUCCUCUGGUCCUGAAGAAUUUUAACUUUUUUACAGCUACAAUCAAAGAUACAAUUCCUGACACUCGAUAUAGAUCUGUCAUGAUAUAUAAGCAUGAUUGAAAGUGAAAUGAUCUGUCAUUUAUAUUUCAUAACAAUAUAUGCAGUGUGUUUUCCUUUGUUCCAACUUCCACGCUGUUAAGAUUCCCAACCAAAGCCAGGAAAGACGAUGGCAGCCAUAGUAACAGGCCUCAUCCCCAUCCUGCGGACUGCAGUUGAUGCCACCGCCACCUACAAGGGCCGCUCGGUGUGGUUUGGCUUCCUGUGCAUCCGCCUGGUGAUCCUCUUCCUGGCCGAGCUGCCCUUCACCAAACUGGACGCUGACUUCACCUGCAACGGCACUAUUGGCAGCAUCUGCACCAAAGCCUGUUUUAAUAGACACUUCCACAAACCUAUGAUGGUGGCCUGGAACUUCAUCUUUGUCCUGGCCACCCUCUCUGUCCUGCUCAUGGAGCUGUUCACCUCCCACCUGCGCUCUCUGGCCCAGAAGAGGAACUCUAAGGGGAAGACUGAUGUGAAGCUGGAGUCUCGGGGGAAGGAGGAGGCUCAGGUUGCUACCACAGACCCCGUGGGCAAGAUGGUCAUAGAUUUACACAGAAACAGAGGCGCAGUAGGCUUCUACCUGUUCAGCGUCUGUCUGCGUAUUCUGAUCGAGGCCUGGUUUGUUUAUGUUCUGCUUUCUUGGAACUUGCCAGCACUGGAUAAUAGUCCAUUCAAAUGCUCGACAAACAUCUGCUCAGAGUUACAUGUUUGUGUUGUGAGGGCCGCCCCAGAGAAACGCAUGUCUAUUUAUGCUCUGGCUUCCAUCUCAGGCAUGAUCAUUGUUUGGUCAGUCGUAUUUUGUAUGUACUCCAUUGCUCACUACCUUUGCAACUUCUGAAUAUUGACACUUGUU